AUGUUUUCAGGGGUAACAGGGAUCAUAAACAGAGGCCAAAAGAUCAAAGGGACAGUGGUGUUGAUGCGCAAGAAUGUGUUGGACUUCAACACCAUCUCAAGUACUGUUACCAGUGGAAACGUUGGGGGAAUCAUUGGCACAGGCUUCAACGUCAUUGGUUCAACUGUUGACGGCCUCACUGCCUUCUUGGGCCGUAGCAUUGGCCUCCAGCUCAUUAGUGCUACCAAGGCUGAUGCACAUGGAAAGGGGAAAACAGGAAAGGAAACGUUUUUGGAAGGUAUAAUUGCAUCGUUACCAACUUUAGGAGCAGGGGAAUCAGCAUUCAACAUUCAUUUUGAAUGGGACAGCGACAUGGGAAUUCCCGGUGCAUUUUAUAUAAAGAACUAUAUGCAAGUUGAGUUUUACCUCAAGAGUUUAACACUUGAAGACAUUCCAAACCAUGGAACAAUCCGUUUUGUUUGCAACUCAUGGGUUUACAACUCAAAAACUUACAAAACCGAUCGCAUUUUCUUUGUCAACAAUACGUAUCUUCCAAGUGAAACACCAGCUGCACUUGUCAAGUACAGAGAAGAAGAACUUAAGACUUUAAGAGGAGAUGGAACAGGAGAGCGCAAAGAAUAUGAUAGGAUCUAUGAUUAUGAUGUCUACAAUGAUCUUGGCAAGCCAGAUAGCGGUGAAAAGUACGCUCGCCCUGUUCUUGGAGGGUCCAGCUCCCAUCCCUACCCUCGUAGGGGAAGAACUGGUAGAAAAGCAACAAGGAAAGAUCUAACAUGUGAGGCACCACCCGUCGAAGUUUAUGUUCCAAGAGAUGAAAAUUUUGGUCACUUGAAGUCUUCUGACUUCCUUAUUUAUGGAAUUAAAUCUCUGUCUCAAACUGUCUUACCUUUGUUCCAAUCUGUGUUCGAUUUGAAUAUAUUGCAACCCGAGUUUGAUAGCUUCGACGAAGUGCGUGGACUCUUUGAAGGUGGAAUUAAGUUGCCUACAAAUAUAAUUAGCCAAAUUAGCCCCUUACCAGUGAUCAAAGAAAUCUUCCGUACUGAUGGGGAACAAGUCCUCAAGUUUCCACCACCUCAUGUCAUUCAAGUGAGUAAGUCAGCAUGGAUGACUGAUGAAGAAUUUGCAAGAGAGAUUAUUGCUGGUGUAAAUCCUGUCAUGAUUCAAUGUCUUCAAGAGUUUCCACCAAAAAGCAGUCUUGAUCCAUCAGUCUAUGGUGAUCAGACAAGUAUGAUAACCUCAGAAGUCCUCAAUCUAGAUGGGUAUACAGUUGAUGAGGCACUUACUAGUAAGAGAUUAUUCAUAUUAGAUCACCAUGAUGCAUUUAUGCCAUAUCUGAGGAAGAUAAACAAUAAUACUAGUGGAAAGGCUUAUGCCACAAGGACAUUUCUGUUUUUGAAAGAUGACGGGACAUUGUCCCCAAGGGCCAUCGAAUUAAGUUUGCCACAUCCUGAUGGAGACAAGUAUGGUGCCGUGAGUCAAGUCAUCCUCCCUGCAAAUGAAGGUGAUGAAAGUAUAGUUUGGCUACUGGCCAAAGCUUAUGUGGUCGUAAAUGAUUCUUGCUAUCAUCAACUCAUGAGCCACUGGUUGAAUACUCAUGCAGCGGUUGAGCCAUUCAUCAUAGCUACAAACCGGCAACUCAGUGUUCUUCACCCUAUUAAUAAGCUUUUGUAUCCUCAUUACCGUGACACCAUGAACAUCAAUGCACUUGCCCGAAGUUCUCUAAUUCAAGCAGAUGGCAUUAUAGAGAAAUCAUUUUUGCCCGGACCAUAUUCUGUGGAGAUGUCUUCUGCAGUUUAUAAGAAUUGGGUUUUUGUUGAUCAAGGAUUGCCUGCUGAUCUUAUCAAGAGAGGAGUGGCUGUUAAGGAUUCAUCUUCCCCACAUGGAAUUCGUCUUCUGAUAGAAGACUACCCUUAUGCUGUUGAUGGACUAGAGAUAUGGGCUGCUAUUAAAUCAUGGGUUCAAGAUUAUGUCUCAUUGUACUAUGCAUCAGAUAAUGCUGUCAAAAGUGACCCUGAACUUCAAAGUUGGUGGAAAGAAGUUGUAGAGGUAGGUCAUGGUGAUUUGAAAGAUAAGCCAUGGUGGCCUAAGUUGCACACAAUUGAAGAGCUUGUUGAAACAUGCACUAUUAUCAUAUGGACUGCUUCAGCUCUCCAUGCAGCUGUUAAUUUUGGACAGUAUCCUUAUGGAGGUUUGAUCCUAAACCGUCCAACUAUUAGUAGAAGAUUGCUUCCAGAGAAAGGAACUGCACAAUAUGAUGAAAUGGUGAAGAGCCCACAAAAGGCUUAUUUGAGAACAAUUACUGGGAAGAAAGAGGCCCUUAUUGACCUUACGGUUAUAGAAAUCUUGUCAAGACAUGCUUCUGAUGAGGUUUACCUUGGAGAGAGGGACAGUCCAUAUUGGACCUCUGAUUCGAAGGCAUUAGAAGCCUUUAAAAAGUUUGGAAACAAGCUGGCAGAGAUUGAAGCAAAACUCUCAAAGAAGAACAGUGAUGCAAGUCUGAGGAACCGAAUUGGACCUGUUCAAUUGCCAUACACUCUGCUUCAUCCUACCAGUGGGGAAGGAUUGACUUUCAGAGGAAUUCCCAAUAGCAUCUCUAUCUAAUGGAGCUUGUGGUUGGUUUCCUUUUACUAUUGUAUAUUAAGAGUAGGAAUCCAAAUCCUACAUGCAUCUUUAUCAGUGUUUUAAAUUAUCUCGUGUGUGUUUAAGUGCUGUAUUUGAAUCCUUUCUGGU